AAGAAAUUCUCGACCAGGGAGGAGGCAGAGGAGUUUGCAAGGGAAGGCCAAGGAUCCGGCGCUACGUUCGGAAAGACCCCGGAAUCGCAGAAGCUCGCCGGUGCACCGGGGAUGAUGAACGGGGUCCCUGCAGAUGCGCAGGGUAUACCUUUUGAGGCGGGCACUGGUCCUCUGCCGACCGGAGCGGAGGAUGGGUUUGACCCCAAUGUAUUGUUGGAUCCCAAAACAGGAAAAGUGGUCUAUAAAUCACAGGACCAGAAGGCCGCGACCAAGGUGAAAUCUACUGGUCCGCCGGGGAUGCUGCGCAUCUACACGGACGGUAGCUCCUUGAAAAAUGGCAAAGCGCUUGCCUCAGCGGGCGUUGGGGUUUACUUUGGACCUGGCGAUUCCCGGUUUGUCCUCCCUGACGCUCGUCGUCUUUAUCCCUGAGAGGGUCUACCUUUGGCUAAUACUGACGCCUGUUCUCCCAG